UGUGGUUUGAUAAGGCAAAAAUCAAUCUGAGGAUCACGUUGAAGACUUGUAGUGAACUAUAAAGAUAAAAGUUAGCUGGUUGCAGUCAUGGCCAUGUCUGUUGCUAAUACACUAAAGCGGCACUCGUUUCAUGCUUCGCUAGGUCUCGUCAUAGAUAACCCGAGACUCCUUAUAGUCGAACACUAUGAGACAGUUCGUGAACAAAUUGAUGUCUUACUAAGAAGUGCUAAGGGGCUAUUGGGGCUAGUCAAGAAGAGGAUAUCCUUAGAAAAGGAUCGGGUCAAAUCUCUCGGGAAAUUAUCGUCUUCGAUACUUGAUGAUUGUAAAUUUAUCAGCUUUGAAGGGGUUUUGAAGGAGAGUUGGGAUCACAUAAAGCAGCACUCACUACAGGAGGGGAUGUACAGGUCAAAGAUGGUCACUGAGUUAGAGGAGAAAGUUGUCCAGCCAUUGUCCGUCUUCCUUCUCUCUGAUCUUGAGAAAAGAUUCCAAACUAUAAACGCUGAAGUCAAUCACAAGGUCAAAGACUAUCAGCAAGUUAGGCUUCAAACCCAGAAGGCUAAAGAGCGUUAUUUCUCUUUAGCUGCCGAGUGGGAGGGGUCACUGAUGAUGAUACAUAAGGAGUAUGGGGCAGUGUGGGAGCCAGUGGCUGGUAAUAAACUGUACGAGAAAGAACAGCAGAUUUGUAGGAAAGUGGACGAGGCUAGGCUUGAUUAUGAAAGCUGUGUUGAAAAGCUAAACGCUAACGUACAAGAAUUAACAUUACAGCAUCUUCCCCAGGCUCUGCUAUCAUUACAAGAUACAACAGAGCAGAUGGUCUCAGUUGUUCACACUGCAUUGAAGAGCUUUGAGACAUUACAGCUCUCACUGUUAGGAAAGAUAGAGACGGAACUGUCCAGUGCCUGCAGGGACUACUUCAUUGUUCCUGACUUCUGUCAGAGUUAUUUCUUCAAAAACUUUGACAUCGAAUCCCCUCCCUUGCCCCCGUCAUUUGACUUUGAUGAGUAUUCAUAUAAGGAUGGAGCUCUUGAGGUUCAAGCACGUAAGACUCAGUAUCGAGCCAUGUCACUUCUCAGUCCGUCGGAGCUAGCAAGUCGAGGGGCCAUGUUUUUGGGCGUAUCCUCAUUAACUGGAGGAGGAGGAAAAGGAAAGGGGAACGGACCAGUCCCUGCUAUUAAGAUAGAAGGUUUAAAUCCAUUCCUUGUUGAGGUUUGUGUUGAGUAUCUCAAUCAGCCCAAUGCCCUAAAAGAGGAGGGUAUAUUUCGUGUCCCUGGAGAGACCAGCACCAUUAGAUCCUUACAUGCCGACUUUAAGACAGCUGGACAAGACAAAGAUAAACUAAAGUCAUUAGUGAUGGAGCAGUAUGAUCCGAAUAAUAUCAGUGGUUUGUUGAAGCUUCAUUUGAGAGAGAAUCAUCUCAUUUCGUCUAAAGUAAUGGCCAACAUAUCAGAGCUUCUCUCUCGUCCUACCACUGAAGGAGCCCCUCCUCUUAUAGAGGAAAUAACUGCUAACUGUACGAAUCAAGAGCUCCGACUGCUGUCCCUAGUAGUUGAAUUAAUGUCAAACAUUUCUGGCGAGCCCGAGAACAAGAUGAAUGCUCGAACUCUCGGCAUAGCAUGUGGCCUCUCUCUCUUCCCUCAACUUGACCCUGGGCAAGCUACGCGGCUCCUAGAAUAUCUAAUAAAGAAUCGUGAUCAACUCUCAGUUGCUGAAUCUGCUCCUGAUCAAACCGGAAGUGAUGACUCCAGCAGCAGCAGCAGUGCUCCUUUGUCAGAGUCUAUUUAAGAAACUAGUUUUAACUCGUCUCCUUUAGGAGAGCUUUUUAAAAUGUUGUUAGGAUGAAUGCGUAUUAAUUAUAAAAUUUUUUGAGAAGAGAGUCUGCAAAUUUUUGUUGGUGAUAAAAAACAAUGAG